AUGCAGUGUACUGCGCACACAAAGGCUGAGCAAAUCCACAGUGUGCUGAGAAGAUACUGCUUGAUUACUACUGGUCCAAUGGGACGCGUUUUGAAACCUAAAUGUAAGCCUAAUCUCGUUAUGUAUAUUAAGUCAGUUGAUCUUAUUAAACCGGACAAAUGGGGAACUUCCGAAGCAAUUUCCUUUUUGCAACAGCUGCUAACUUAUAGAGGUUACUAUGACGAGAAUCUUGAGUGGAUUUUCAUCGAGAAUGUUCAGUUCGUGCUUUCGGUCAGUUUAUCCCGAACAGCUUCUUCUAGCCAUCUUCCCCAUCGCUUCAAAACCUUGUUGAGAAUAUGCCACAUUGAGUUUCCUUCAGAGCAGGAUUUGAUGACUGUGUAUUCAUCUUAUCUAUCUUCAGUUUUACAGAACUCAGUUAUUUCAACGAAUGUAAUCCAUGAUUCUGAACAGAGUUUUGAAUUCCUAAUGCCCGCAGUUAUUUACGAAACAUGUCGUACAUUUUUGGACCGUCUAGCAUCGGAAAACGAUAAAUGCAGGUUCAAGGACAUCCUUUACACAAUAUACUUUGUCUCCCCUCAAGUUGCAAUGCUGUCGAUGGGGAGCAGUGGAAGUGCCUUGCUUUCACCAAUUGCUAUUAAAGAAUAUCACGGAAGUCUACAAAAGUCAGCUAAUCGCUACGAAUUUGAGGUUGCUCAAUUAAACUCUCCUUUAUUUGACGACUUUGUUUCUUUGUGCUCGAAGCUAGACCGAAUUUUGACCGCUGAAGGUGGAUCUACAACUCUAGUUGGAAAAGCCGGUGUUGGGCGAAGAGCGGCAGCAUCUUUGGUGGCCCACAUACAUCAGAUGAAAACGUUUACUCCCCAAGUCUCAACUACAUACGGGAUAAAACAGUUUAAUAACGAUUUAAAGCAGGUUGAAGUCGAAAAUUAUCAAUUCUUUCUUCUCUGUUUUUUAAACAGAGAGUUCUUAGCUUAUAUAAACUACUAACU